ACCCCUAGGAAGUAAAGAGCUACUUUUUGUACCGCCCAAAAUAACUAAAUUUUAAGUGUUUGCUAGUCGCCAAAGACAAGACAUUUGGCCGCAAUAAAUUUAAAGUGCAAAUUAAUAAUUAAAUUCGCAGAUAACAACAAGCGGAGCGGCUGAUAAACGAGAGGCGCCGGAACCAAUAAAAAAGAAACCAACACCCACAAAGGCAACCAAGUCGCGUCAUCAUCAGUGGAAGUGUGUGGAAAGGCAGUAGCAGCGGCAGCAGCAGCAGCAGCAGAAGCAGUGGUUUUCCAGCUCCGUUUAGAGUCCUUAUAACAUGGACAGCAAGGGUCGAAAUGUCAUCGUCUGUGAUAACGGCACAGGGUUCGUCAAGUGCGGAUAUGCCGGCAGCAAUUUUCCCACCUUCAUUUUCCCCUCGAUGGUGGGACGACCCAUGAUUCGGGCGGUGAACAAAAUCGGCGACAUCGAAGUUAAGGAUUUACAUGUCGAUGAUCUGAUGGUCGGAGAUGAGGCGUCACAGCUGCGAUCCCUGCUAGAGGUCUCCUAUCCCAUGGAGAACGGCGUGGUGCGCAACUGGGACGACAUGUGCCACGUGUGGGACUACACGUUCGGGCCCAAAAAGAUGGAUAUCGAUCCGACGAACACAAAGAUCCUGCUGACAGAGCCGCCCAUGAAUCCCACAAAGAACCGCGAGAAAAUGAUAGAGGUAAUGUUCGAGAAAUACGGCUUCGAUUCCACAUACAUUGCCAUUCAGGCCGUGCUGACGCUAUAUGCCCAGGGUCUGAUCUCGGGCGUUGUGAUCGAUUCGGGCGAUGGUGUAACGCACAUAUGUCCCGUCUACGAGGAGUUUGCCUUGCCCCAUCUGACGCGGCGAUUGGACAUUGCCGGUCGCGAUAUUACUCGUUAUUUGAUUAAGUUACUUUUACUACGUGGCUACGCUUUCAAUCAUUCCGCUGACUUCGAAACGGUGCGCAUUAUGAAGGAGAAGCUCUGCUACAUUGGCUACGACAUCGAGAUGGAGCAGCGAUUGGCGCUGGAGACGACGGUGCUGGUGGAGUCCUAUACGCUUCCCGAUGGCCGGGUAAUCAAGGUCGGCGGUGAGCGAUUCGAGGCACCGGAGGCCCUGUUCCAGCCGCAUUUAAUCAACGUCGAGGGUCCGGGCAUUGCGGAACUGGCCUUCAACACCAUCCAGGCGGCAGACAUCGACAUCCGGCCCGAGCUCUACAAGCACAUAGUACUGUCCGGCGGUUCCACCAUGUAUCCGGGUCUUCCCAGUCGGUUGGAGCGAGAGAUCAAACAGCUGUACCUGGAGCGGGUACUCAAGAACGAUACGGAAAAGCUGGCGAAAUUCAAAAUUCGUAUUGAGGAUCCACCGCGACGCAAGGACAUGGUCUUCAUCGGCGGUGCUGUUCUGGCGGAGGUGACGAAGGAUCGCGACGGCUUCUGGAUGUCCAAGCAGGAGUACCAGGAACAGGGUCUCAAAGUGUUGCAAAAGCUGCAGAAGAUCAAUCACUAGAGACGAUUACUAGUAUGAAAGUGUGUGGGGACCCUGCAAGAUAGGAUGAACAAUUGUAUAAAUUUCUUUUGGCUAGUUUGUAUAAGUUGAAAAUGUUCAGUUUAGCGUGAUGUAUCUGUCUAUAUAUGUGUGUGUUUUUUUUUGUUGUGUGCCUGCGCGCGGUGGGCGUGUCUGUUGAUCAGAAUUGGUCCACUUGUCUUGGGAUCACCAAGAACAUCGCAGACAUGCUGUCACCGUUCGAUCCCCGUACAAUGAAUUGUAAUAUUUCUUUCACCGCGAGCCGAGCGGCUUUAAAGUGUAAACCGAUAGUCACCUAAAUUGUGUAACCCUGCAGUAGUAAGUUGAAUUGAUUAUAUUUACGCCUAAAGUCCAAUGCCCUUUUGCUUUGAUUAUUAAUAUACAUACAUUUAUAUAUGAAUUCCCUGCACCUCAAGGUGUAUCGAUAUUUUUGUAAACGCAAAAUGUUUCAUUUCGAGCGAGUAUUUCACAUUAAGUAUUAACUAGGCCAAGUCUGCUAGUAGCAGCGAUUAUAAAUCGUGUGUGUUUGAGACGGAGACAGAGACAGAGAGAGAAAUACACGGGGCGUCGAGAAGGUUGCACAGCACAGAAGGAGAAAGCGAGAGUUGGAGUUAUCCAGCUCUCGUUGACUAAAUAACCCUCACUCGGCCCGACACCCAAACUAAAUCUAAGCAUUUCUGGGUUAUCUCUAACUAGACAAAGAUAAACCAAGUCACUCACAAGUUUAUGCAUUUAUGUUGCCCAAUAAUCGAAAAUAUUACCAAUUACCAGCCGAAGUGUUUAAUUUGAUUUAAUUUCCCAACCUGCCUUUUCUAGUUAGUUGCAAUUUGAUGAUUGUUGGGACAAAGCGGACGCUACACAUGCGAAACUAUCGGCAUAUAUAUUAAAUAUAUAUAUAUGAUUAAUAUAUAUUUAUAUAUAUAAUGAGUGUGGAAUGCCAAUUAUAUAAGUAAAUGCAAUAAACAUAAUUACGUAUGUAUGAUGUAUACUGUAUACUGUAGUCUAAA